AGGAAGUAUUACCCAUGCAGGACAGUUGCUGCAAUAAUGUGAAAAGAACUUCCUUAUAAUUUAGUACACGUGCUUCCUCGUACGAAUGCUCUUUUGCUAAACCUGCAAGACGCAAAUUUACAGAAAGGAAGAAGAGUUUAAGAUGGGAUACAUGAUCGUAGCGGAGCACAGCUCCACCCUGCUCCACCUGAAGAGAUCUCCGGGCAUUCGUUCCUGGUCUCUUCUUGUCGGCAUAGCAUCUGUUGGGUUGGCAGCUGCAUACUACAGCUCAGACAGCAUCCCGUGGAAGCUUUUCUACGUGGCAGGUUGUCUGUUCAUAGCCAUGCAGAACAUGGACGAAUGGGAGGAGGCUGUGUUCGACAAGACCAAUAACCUGAUUGAGCUCAAGUCGUUUAGCUUGUACGCUUUAAUCCUGACGUUAUGGAAGAAGGGGAAAGAGAAAGUUGUGUUAGAUCUGACACAGCUGUGUGACAUCUGCGUCCAGGAGGAGAAGGUUCGCUAUUUGGGGAAGGGCUACUUGCUGAUGCUGCGGCUGGCUGCCGGCUUCUCCUACCCCCUGACUCAGAGCGCAACACUGGGGGAACGCAAUGAUGUGGAGGCGAUGGCUGCGUUGCUGAAGCGCUUCCUGGGCCUGGAUGAGCUGCAGCAAAGCAGGCAGCAGGAGGAAGAGGCAGAGUAUGGAGAAGACGAGGACGAGGAGGAGGAGGAAGAUGAUUCUUUGGAUAACAGCAGUGAUUCAGAUGGUGAAGCAGACAAACUCUGAUCCCUCUGUGACUUGCAACCCAGCUGCAACUUUGGGUGGAUUGAUUUAGGGGCAUUAUGACCUUGCUACGGCAUUACAGAGGGAGCAGUUUAAGUGGUACCCUCACUACGUGUUAUACUGUUAGCAUGUGCAUGAAACACCAAGGAUAUAGUCUCUUUCAGUUUCUCCUAGCAUACUUCCUUCCUCGGGAGACUAUGGUAAAAUAUUUCUUACUUUAUUUUCAUGCGAACUGGGAUGGAAAUAUCAACAACUUAAAUGUUUUGUCAUGCAAAUAUUUCCUAAAACAGAACAAAAUUGUACUUUAGAUGCAGUUCUCUGUAAGUGAAUAUCAUGCCUUAGCUCUUCUGAGCUAAUUACUAUUUGGGAAUACACUCCAGAUUACAGUUUUACCGUGCCUUCCUGAUUAACUCUAAUAUGUGUUUAUGUGCAAGUCAAUGGAAAGUGCUUUUCCCACAGUUUCCCGGACCACCCAGUUGAUAAUCACCUUUGGUUUCAUGUGUAUUCAUACCCAGUCCGCAAUCCGGAUGAACGCAUGUGCAAACUGUAAUCGGGCAUGACUCUCAAUUGAGUUAAUUAUAUGUGAAAUGCUUUAGCCUGCUGUUGUUCUGUCUUUUAACGUUUAUUUACUUUUUGUGAACCAAAGACUGAAUCUCAGGCAAACACUUCGGUGCUUUGGACAAACUUCUUUAAAGUGUAUGGAACUUUAAAGUUCCAUACAUCUGUUGAAAUGGUGAAUGUCGGUGUGCUCUGCUCUGCUGGAAAGAAAAUGAGAAGAAUCUUUUUUUGUUGGUUGAUUUUAUUGUCUUCGUUUACUUUGAUACAUUUGGAGGAAUUAUAUAAAAACCAUGUAUUUGUAAA